GAUGAUUUUGUAGAAGAGAAACUUGAGAAAAAGAGAGAAAAAGAUCAGCCAAAUCGGAGAUGGACAUCAACCAGCUGCCGGUGGAGUGCAUCGCUGCCAUUCUGGCUUUCACCUCGCCGAAGGACGCCUGCAGAUCCGCCACCGUCUCGCCGGCUUUCAGAUCCGCCGCCGAUUCCGAAGCUCUGUGGACCACUUUUCUGCCGUCCGAUUACCGGCAGAUUAUUUCUCAGGCUUCGUCCCCAUCUACGACGUCGUUUCUGAAUUCCUUGUCCAAAAAGGCUCUCUACUUCCAUCUCUGCGAUCAUCAGCUUCUCAUCGGCUCUGGAAAUUCGAGUUUUGUGUUGGAGAAAGAGAGCGGCAAGAAAUGCUAUAUGAUAGGAGCAAGAGAUCUAGAGAUAAUUUGGGGAAAUUCAACACAAUAUUGGACUUGGAAUCCCAACCCUAUAUCAAGGUUUUCUGAAGUGGCUGAGUUGCAAAUGGUAUGGUGGCUUGAGAUCAAAGGGAGAAUAGAGGCUAGAAAUUUAAGUCCCCAAACCAACUACGCAGCGUACCUUGUGUUCAAGCUUGUAGAAGAUCGUUACCAGCGUCGUGGUUUUCGUGAGAGACCAGUUUUAUUGCGAGUUUAUUUUGAAGGGGCGGAGGUUGAAGAAGGGAAGACUGCAAUUUUGGACCCUCGUGAAGGAUCCCUUGUGGCUUUUGAAGAAAGAGCGGACGGGUGGAUGGAGAUUGAAAUGGGUGAAAUCUUCAAUGAAUUAGGAGACGAUGGCUCAAUUAUUUUUCAUUUGAAAGAGUUCCAUAACUUUAUAACUAAGAGUGGGUUAAUUGUUGAAGGAAUCGAGAUUAGGCCUAAAAAUGAUUAAUUAAGUAGUGUUAUUGUAAUUGAGAU